AUGGACGCGAACGAGGUGGUCGCUGCUGCGCAGCAGGCAGCGAUGUCGUCUGUCGAGCAGGCUGCUUCCUCGUCUCGUGCAUCGGCAGCCAACGAGACUUCGACAAAGGCAACCAAAGCUUCGCACUCGACGCAACACGCGAAAGCGAAUGGAGUAGCGAGUACUUCCAGUGAUCCUGCCAGCGGCAGUAACAGCAGAGCAGACGCCUCGAGCAAGCAAGCGAUCGAGGUGCAAGACGAUGAAGAUCCAGAAGAAGGCGCAUACAUGGAGGAAGGUGAAGUAGGCGAGGUCGGAGAAAUGAGCUUCGUCCUCGACACUGCUGGCGACAUGGACGUGGAUCAGGAGAUCGCUUUGGAGAACGAGGCGAAAGCCGAGCAGGCAGACACACACGUCGAGGCUGGUCUGCUCUUGCCGAGUCACGUCAAUGUCAUGCCUCAAGGCGAGAACAGCACAACACAGCCUGGCGGCAGCUCGUCCGGACCAUCCCGUGAUCUCCCCGCAGACAUUGCGAACGACGAGGAAGAUCUCGAGGGCGACAUGGGCGACUUCGAGCAGCUGGACAUGGAUCCAUCAACCGCCAAUCGAUACUACGGCGCGGAAGAAAAGGCAGAACGAAGAGCAAAGGAGCAGUGCCUUGCAUGUGGCGAGCUCGGCCACGACCGACGUCACUGCCCACAUCAGCACUGUCUCGCCUGCGGAGCGAUGGACGACCACCCCACGCGCUUCUGCCCGAUGUCCACCAGCUGCUUCCGCUGUGGUGGUAUGGGCCACCAGACGCGUACCUGCCCGAAACCACGACGAGGACCGCGGAGCGAAGAAUGCGAGCGAUGCGGCUCCUACACCCACGUCAAGACGCUCUGCCCCACCCUGUGGCGCGUAUACACCUACAGCACCCUCGCGGACUACGACCGCUACCGAGCCAAAGCCUUCUUCAAGCUGCAACACGGCGGCAAGGCGCGCGAUCCACGACGCGACCUCGAACCUGAUCCGGCAGAGAUCUCCGAUUCGGAUGACGAGUUUGUUCUUGCUGGCGAGCCCGAACUGCCCUCUAGCUCCGGAGCGUCGCAGUUCGACCCCGCCACACGGUGGUGCUACAACUGCUCCACGCCAGGCAAUCACUGGGGCGAUGACUGCCCCGAACCACGCUGCAAUCCGACACGAGGCACCAACGAGCCUUCUGCUUUUUCGGAGUUUGUCUCGCGCUUGGGGCCGUUUGCAAAGAUGCUACCUGGCGCCCCACCGCUGGCCGGGUUCCAGAUGCCCUCUUCGCAAUUCACGUUCAGCGUCGGCAGCAGCGCCACGAUGCACGUUGCCGGCGAUGCGAUUGCCAGUUCGUCCGGGCGAAGCACGCCCACUGGCAAAAGAGGCGCGCCCGCCAGUGGCAGCCUCGCCAUUGGCCGGCAUACGAUCUCAUCCCCGCGCUCGACCCAGCCCCACGUCGUCGACAAGGACGGCCUGGUCUCGUUCGGUCGCACCAAAGCCGUCCCCGUCAAAGGCGGCUACCUCACCCGCAAGGAGCAGAAGCAAGGUAAGAAGCCUCUACCCGAACACCUCUUCGUGCAAUGGCUACAAGAUCGGCAAGACCACCCGGAAUUCGCUGACAAGAUCCGCCACACGUUGGAGAAGCGGGCGCGGAUGGAAAAGGCGGGGCAGGAUACGAAGGACCUGCCUACGACGGAGGACAUUGUGCGCACCGAAGGGCCAAGGAGGGCGGCGAGGAUGGAGAGGCGGCAGGCGAGAAGGGACGAGCGUGAGGGGGAUAGGAGGAAGGGCGAGAAGGAUGAUCCGAUCGAGGUGGAUAGCGAUAGCAGUUUCAGGGACGAUUUCAGUAGCGAUUCGGACUCGGAUGAUGGGAGACGAGCGAAGAAGCGACGUGGGGAUGGGAAGAACAGUCGCAGCGAUAAGGUCACCAGGUCACAGCGCGAGCCGGUGCAGAUGAGGUCGAGAGAAGCAGUGCAUACCGGGUGGGUUCACAACGGCGACGGUGCCGGCAGCAGCAGCGGCGGGAGGGGCAGCAACGGUAGCGGCACUGGAAAGGGCUACAAGGGUGGACGAUUCUCGAGUAAGAAGGAGCGGUACGAGAAUGGCGGUGCUGGUGGCGGUCUCGAUGGCAGGGGUGGUGGCAGUGGCGGGGGUAAGAAGAGUGGGGGUAAGAAGAGUGGCCGUUCUCGCCGCAGUGGAGGCGGAGGCGGUGGAGGUGGCGGUGGCCGGAAUGGCGGCGGCAACGGUGGCAGGCCGAACCGCAACAGCGGUGGUGGUGGUGGUGGCGGCGGAGGAGGCGGAGGAGGCGAGAAAGUACGCGGAGGAGGCAGCAAGUACCGCGGCAGCUACUUUUGA